AAGAUUCCAUCUCAAAAAAAAAAAAAAGACGUACCGACGAACACCACCAUUUUGCAACACGAAGAUCAACAACAACAAAAAAGGUCAAACUUGAAGUUCUGUCCUAAAAUUACACACAUUUUGCCUUUAGAAAACUCAGUGCAUGGUCACAGAUGAGAAGUGCCUGGCUAACCAGACUUGGGGACUCCUGGUUUGCAGUGAGUGCUGUCAAACUCGCGUUCCAGGCUGGGCUCACAGCAACUCCGACUCCAAGCUGUUUAGGCGCCUCUGUCUCCACUCAAGUCCAUAGUCAAGGUCACUACUGUGAAACACUGUCUUGCUUUUAAUUUCCAAGCUGCCUUGUUAUUUCUUGGGAGUAGGCCAAGCUAACUUUAGGAGGAACUUAUAGUUUAACUUUGAAACAAAGAUGAUAACAGCCCUUUCCUGAAGCCAACCUCCUUCUUGCCUGGGGACCAGAAUGCUUUUGUAAGACUAACACAUGAGCCACAAGAUUAGAAAUUGUGGUUUGAGUCAUGCAGCUAGAGGCCACAAGAUUCCAAACCUCCCCAAUUGCUCCUUAGGAUAACACCACUAUCGUAAACUCUAAGAUUGGUGCUCAAGAUAUUUUUCAGGCUCUGCAUUCUGAUGCACCGGGUGCCACCACCCACACCACUAAUCUGGCUCAACCAGUUCUGUGAUCCCACCCAGGAACAGAAGACAGCAAGAGAAUCAACUUUGACUCCACGGUUUCAUCUCCAACCCGACCAAUAAGCACUGCCCUCUCCCUGGCCCCCUACCUGCCUAAUUAUCCUUAAAUGACCCGUCUCAGGAUUUUCAGAACCUGGUUUGAGCAAUAAAGCUCCAGUGUCCUUUAGCCAGUUUCUGCAUGCAGCCAGUUUCUGCAUGCAUUAAACUCUCUAUUGCAAUUCCCCUGUCUUGAUAAAUUGGCUCUACCUGGGCAGCGAGUAAGGCGAACCUAUUGGGCGGCUACGCCUGAGAUCUAAUCACAGGCUGCACGUGAAGCCCAGACCAGGCACCUGUCUUACACCACAGGGGGAUCCAGUCCACAGAACCAGCGCCCUUCCCUCCUGGAACGGACCAUCCCAAAGCCAGAGGGGCUCUAGGCGGCUCAAACAGGGGCUUCCCGGCUACCCUGGUCCCAGGCGGGACCACCCAGGUUCCUUCUCCAAGCCCUCUAGGCUGCAGGGCAGGCUUCCCUAGAGGCAGGCCCAGGCCUAUAGCCCGGGACCCGCAUCUCGGGCGAGCUGCACCCUCCCGAGACCUUCCCCAUCUGUACAAUGGGGACAGGGCAAGGCCCAGCAGGCCGGCUGGCGGGGGCUCCGGCGACUGUGCGGGACAGCGGGCGAGCACGACGGUACAAGGGCACAGGCCCACGUGCGCACCGGCGGGGAGGAAGCAGCCCGGCGCCCCGCCCCCAGCGCGGACCGGAAGUGCUGCCGUAAUCUGCGCUGAGCGUCGCGAAAGCGCUGUUCCCCUUAGUGACCGGCGACGCGGGCAAGAUGGCGGCGCCGGGGGUGGCGGAGGCCGUGGCGGCCCCACACCCGGCUGAGGGGGCCGAGACGGCUGAGGCGGUGGAGCUGAGCCGCGCCCUGAGCCGCCUGCUGCCGGGGCUGGAGGCCGACAGCAAGCCGGGCCGGCGGCACGCCUUGGAGGCCCUGCGGCGCGCGCUGGAGGAGCCAGGCCCUGCUGCCGACCCCACCGCUUUCCAGGGCCCCUGGUCGCGCCUGCUGCUGCCGCGCUUGCUGCGCUGCCUGAGCGACCCCGCCGAGGGCUGCCGCGCGCUGGCAGUGCACCUGCUGGAUCUGGGCCUGCGCCGCGCCGCGCGGCCCCGCGAUGCCCUGCCGCGCCUGCUGCCCGCGCUCGCCGCGCGCUUGGCCGGCCCCGAGCCCGCGCGCCGCCCGCCCGAGGCCUGUGAGGAGCUGCGCCUGGCGCUUGUGCAGCUGCUGGGCCUGGCCGUGGACCUGUGCGGCGCCGCGCUCGCGCCCCACCUGGACGACGCUCUGCGCGCGCUGCGCUGCUCCCUGCUUGACCCCUUCGCCGCCGUGCGCCGCGAGAGCUGCAGCUGCGCCGCCGCCCUGGCGCAGGCCACGCCCGAGCUCUACUUGGCAGCCUGGACUGUGUACUGUUCCUGCAGCAAGGACCUGGCGUGGGAGAGGAAGGGAGACCACUUCCACAUGCAGUCGGAGUCUCUGAUCGGGCCCCUGAUGCAGACCAUCUCCCACCAGCACUGGAAGGUCCGUGUGGCCGCCAUUGAAGCCACAGGCGCAGCGAUCCAGUUUGGCAACGGGAAGUCCGUGGACGACGUGCUUUCCCAUUUUGCUCAGCGACUGUUUGAUGACGUCCCGCAGGUCCGGCGGGCGGUGGCCUCCGUGGUGGGCGGCUGGCUGCUGUGUCUGCGUGACCGUUACUCCUUCUUCCACAAGCUCAUCCCUCUGCUGCUCAGUAGCCUCAACGACGAGGUGCCUGAGGUCAGGCAGCUGGCUGCCAGCCUCUGGGAGGACGUUGGCCUGCAGUGGCAGAAGGAGAAUGAGGAGGACCUGAAGGACAAGCUGGACUUUGCCCCUCCCACCCCACCCCAUUACCCUCCACAUGAGCGCCGCCCUGUGCUGGGCUGCCGGGAGCUCGUCUUCAGGAACCUCUCCAAGAUCCUCCCUGCCCUGUGCCACGACAUCACCGACUGGGUGGUGGGGACCCGAGUGAAGUCGGCACAGCUGCUCCGAGUGCUGCUGCUGCAUGCCGAGGACCACGCCACGCAGCACCUGGAGGUCGUCCUCCGGACCCUGUUCCAGGCCUGCACCGACGAGGAGGCAGCCGUGGUCCAAAGUUGUACCAGAUCCGCAGAGCUCGUCGGGACGUUUGUCAGCCCUGAGGUGUUUCUGAAGCUGAUCUUAUCGACGCUGAAGAAGACACCCUCCGCCUCCGGCCUCCUGGUGCUGGCCUCCGCCAUGCGGGGUUGCCCCCGAGAAGCCCUCCAGCCGCACCUGGCAGCUGUCGCCACGGAGCUGGCACAGGCCCACAUCUGCCAGGCAUCUGAAAACGACCUCUACCUGGAGCGCCUGCUGCUGUGUGUGCAGGCUCUGGUGUCUGUGUGUCAUGAGGACUGUGGCGUGGCCAGCCUGCAGCUCAUGGACGUGCUGCUGACAAUAGUGGCCCUCGCAGGUGCUACCGGCCUGAGGGACAAGGCACAGGAGACGAUGGACUCACUGGCCAUGGUGGAGGGUGUCAGCGGCUGCCAGGACCUCUACCGCAAGCACAUCGGUCCCCUCCUGGAGCGGGUGACCGCGUCGCACCUCGACUGGACCGCACACUCGCCAGAGCUCCUGCAGUUCAGUGUCAUCGUCGCGCAGUCAGGCCCUGCCCUGGGAGAAGCCCUGCCACACGUCGUGCCCACGCUCAGGGCCUGUCUGCAGCCCUCCCAAGACCCGCAGAUGCGCCUGAAGCUGUUCUCCAUCCUGUCCACCGUGCUGCUCAGAGCUGCGGACACCAUCAACUCCCAGGGGCAGUUUCCCAGCUACCUCGAGACGGUGACAAAGGACAUCCUGGCCCCCAAUCUGCAGUGGCAUGCGGGGAGGACAGCCGCGGCCAUCCGCACGGCUGCCGUGUCCUGCCUCUGGGCGCUCACCAGCAGCGAGGUCCUGUCGGCAGAGCAGAUACGGGACGUGCAGGAAACACUGAUGCCCCAGGUCCUGACCACCCUGGAGGAGGAUUCGAAGAUGACGCGACUGAUCUCGUGCCGUAUUAUCAACACGUUCUUAAAAACCUCGGGCGGCAUGACGGAUCCAGAGAAACUCAUCAAGAUUUAUCCUGAACUCUUAAAACGCCUAGAUGACGUUUCCAACGAUGUGAGGAUGGCAGCCGCCUCCACCUUGGUCACCUGGCUGCAGUGUGUCAAGGGUGCCAACGCAAAAUCCUACUAUCAGAGCAGUGUCCAGUACCUGUACCGAGAGUUGCUGGUUCACCUUGACGAUCCAGAGAGGGCCAUCCAGGAUGCAAUUUUAGAGGUCCUCAAAGAGGGCAGCGGGCUGUUCCCAGAUCUCCUGGUGAGGGAGACGGAAGCCGUCAUCCACAAGCACCGCUCGGCCACCUACUGCGAGCAGCUCCUGCAGCAUGUGCAGGCCGUGCCAGCUACACAGUGACCACGCUGGUUUGAGCCACAGCACACCCUUGUCCCCACCUGAGCCAGAGUUUGUGGCCUUUAAAUCUCAUAAACAAGGCACCUCUGUGCCAGCAGUGAGACUGUGACAGCAAGAAUGUACUCCUCAGGACACCUGCCCGCUCUUUCCUUGGAAUAACAGCCUCUGAGUGGAUUCUGCAUGUUAUGUGAUUUGUUCUGUUCAUCGAGAGGGCUCCCAAACAUCUGCAGCUGAUUUGAAAUUAAAAGUAAGUCGCAGCCGCUCCUCCCGCAGCCACAUCAGCAGCAUCUUAGAUUUUAAACCUCACGUGCGCAGCUGGUUCAUGAACUAUUGGCUGCAUCCUGCUUAGGUGCCCACCAAGAAGGUUUUUACCUGUUUAACAAAAAAGAAAGAAGCCAAAGUGAUUAGAAAGAAAUGAAAUCUCUUUUUGGGUUCUGUCUACUGAAAUUUAAUAUCUCAGUGAACAGACUAAAAGGAAUUUGGAAUCCUAACAACUUGUCAGAUUUCUCCUGUUUUAAAUAUACUGGGACUUUAAAGGUUAUAUGUCCGGUCACCGUAUGUUUUAAGUCGGUAAUGCUAACAGUGUUGAAAACAAUAUUUUAUGAGAUCUAAUUGUGGUUGCCCCUAUAGGUAGCAGGAAAGUAAAGUUGCAUUUCUCUCUCGCACAUUCUACACCCAAGUGCCUAAAAGAUCUCAUUGUAAGUGGGUAGUGUUACCGGAAGCCAUUGUGUUCACACGGGGGAAAUGCUGUGUGUAUUUUUCAACAAAUAUUAAUGUUUAUACUUUCAUGUUUGAAAAUUUAAUUAAAAAUAUUUGUUUUAA